AUUCAUCGCCACCGAUUAAUUACACGGGUGUGUCAAUAUGUCUAGCAGCGCUUUCGAUACGCCUGUGAGGCUCCCGCGAGUGGUCAUCACCUUCUGCACGCAAUGCAAAUGGAUGCUACGCGCCGCCUAUUUCGCUCAAGAACUGAUGUCAACGUUCGGCACGAGCAUAGGCGAAGUUGCUCUGGUGCCGUCCACGGGAGGGGUCUUCACUGUCGAUCUUGCAUACAAGCCAACACAAUCGCAGCUUGAAGUCGGUGACGAUCCAAAUGAAGCCAAACACGUUCUGCUAUGGGAUCGCAAAUCUGAAGGAGGCUUCCCCGAAACGAAAAUACUCAAGCAGCGCCUGAGAAACAUCAUCGAGCCUGAAAAGGCACUGGGACACUCAGAUACUCCUUCGAACAAAGGUCAACCACAAACCGCCGCUGAGUCGACAGUAGCAGAAGGCCAGGCGAGCUCGAAGGACUGUGAAGAUUGCAAAUAGCAGUUUCGGCAAACUGGACGCUUGCCCUGAAUUCGACAUAUGAGCACAAUGCCCUCGCUCUGGCACCACAGCCGUAUGAUCUGGCGUGCUGAGGAAGGCUUCGGCACUCCAGACAUGUACAGACAGGCCAAAGGCAACGCUCAGAACACCUUCCGCACAGUUGCGCUGUUGCUGUUGCUGUUGCCACAAGCCACCAGCACUUGACGCCCAUCAGCACCUA